ACUGCCCACCGUGCACUCGUAUCUGCCGACAUGAUCGCUCAGGUGACACUACUGCUGGCUGUCUCGACCGUGGUACUUGCGGGAGGUUACGGUGGAUACGGGCACCACGGUGGUUCCAGCAAGACGUACAGGAAACAGAAUGACCACGGCCACUAUCGCUUCGGUUACGACAUCGUCAACGGCUACGGCGCCGUCAACGGCCGCCACGAGACCGGUGCGGCGUACGGACCCGUGCACGGCUCCUACUACCUGGGCGACAUCGACGGCCGCCACAGGCAGGUGCACUACGUGGCUGACAAGUGGGGAUUCCGGGCCAUGGUGAAGACAAACGAACCCGGAACCAAGAGCAGUCUCCCGGCCGCCGCUCCUUACCACUCGGCCCACGGCAAGACGGUGCCUGCCUACGGACACGGCGGAUACGGUGGAUACGGCGGAUACCGAGGCUACGGCGGAUACGGCGGCCACGGAUAUUACGGCUAGGACGUUGUCGUUUGUUCUGUAGCUCUUGUGGGUCUGUUUCCGUUGCCUUCAGUCUCUUCGCCUGACUUCUUUUCUAACUGCUCCUGUGGCUUUUGAACUCUUCCUCGAUUCAGCAGAGCGACAUAAACUAUGCUGCCGUUAAGAAGACAAGAAGACUUCUUGUGCGCUAUCUCAUUUGAAGACGACAACCUUCCUGGGACUGUGCACGUUU